GAAUCACCGUAUGUCAUGCUGAAGAAGAACCACGAGCAGUUUACAGGAAAUGAUAAGUAUGAAGGUUACUGUGUGGAACUGGCAGCUGAGAUAGCCAAACACGUGGGGUACCACUACAUACUCAAGAUAGUGGCUGAUGGGAAAUAUGGAGCCAGAGAUCCUGAGACCAUGAUGUGGAAUGGGAUGGUGGGAGAGCUUGUCUAUGGUAAAGCUGACGUAGCCGUGGCCCCACUGACCAUCACCCUGGUCAGGGAGGAAGUCAUUGAUUUCUCCAAGCCCUUCAUGAGCCUCGGCAUCUCCAUCAUGAUCAAAAAGCCCACUAAGUCCAAGCCUGGUGUGUUCUCCUUCCUGGACCCUUUGGCCUAUGAGAUCUGGAUGUGUAUUGUGUUCGCCUACAUCGGUGUGAGCGUGGUCCUUUUCCUAGUCAGCCGCUUCAGUCCCUACGAGUGGCACGCAGAUGACUGCGAGGAUGGAGCAGAGCAGAACCCUAACCAACCCUCCUCCUCGUCCGCUCAACCGGGUCAGGGCCAGCAGAACCAGAACCAGCAGAGUCAGGAGCAGACCAACGAGUUUGGCAUCUUCAACAGUCUCUGGUUCUCACUGGGAGCUUUCAUGCAGCAGGGCUGUGAUAUUUCCCCCAGGUCUCUCUCUGGCCGUAUCGUGGGUGGUGUGUGGUGGUUCUUUACUCUGAUCAUCAUCUCCUCAUACACAGCCAACCUAGCUGCUUUUCUCACAGUAGAGAGGAUGGUGUCACCCAUCGAGAGUGCAGAGGAUCUGGCCAAACAGACUGAGAUUGCUUACGGGACUCUAGAUGCCGGCUCCACCAAAGAGUUCUUCAGGAGGUCAAAGAUUGCAGUCUUUGAGAAGAUGUGGUCUUAUAUGAAGUCUGCAGACCCCUCAGUGUUUGUGAAAACCACAGAUGAAGGAGUUAUACGGGUGAGGAAAUCCAAAGGGAAGUAUGCCUACCUGCUGGAGUCCACCAUGAACGAGUACAUCGAGCAGCGCAAACCCUGUGACACUAUGAAGGUCGGAGGAAACUUGGACUCCAAAGGCUACGGCAUCGCCACCCCCAAAGGAUCCCCUCUCAGAAUCCCAGUUAACCUAGCGGUGUUGAAACUCAGUGAGCAAGCCGUCUUAGACAAACUGAAAAACAAAUGGUGGUACGAUAAGGGGGAGUGUGGAAGCAAGGACUCCGGAAGAAAGGACAAGACCAGUGCUCUUAGCCUCAGCAAUGUGGCUGGGGUUUUCUACAUUUUGAUCGGCGGUCUGGGUCUGGCCAUGCUGGUGGCCCUGGUGGAGUUCUGCUACAAGUCCAGAACAGAGUCCCACAGAAUGAAGGUGUCCGCGCGGGCCGCUCAGGCCUUUCACUGCACCGCCUUAGACAGCAGCUACACUGAGCUGCAGAGUUACGGCCUGUACGGUGCCGACACUGUUAAGAUAUAAAGCACUCUGGGGUAGGAACCUUGAGUACUGCGGAGAACUAGGCCACAUCCUGCCCACGUAGCAGCCUGACCUGCCCCCCAUCUAACAAUCGCCAGAUUCAAAGCUUCUGCUGCCCACUUUCAAUAUCAUCCGUUUCUCCACACCUCUUCUUUUUCUGUCUCUUACACUUCUAUUUUAA